CACCCCGAGCGGAAGGGGCGGGACCUGGUAAGUGCACUUUGCCUGGGAAUCAUGUCGAGUUUGACUUGUCAAAAUUUAGCUUAAAGCAUUUUUGUUUUGUGUUUGUUUUUUUAAUUUUUUUUUACUUCGUCUGGCCUUCUACGAAAGUAUGUCUGGUUUCUUUCGGAGGAGAAUUGCAGCCAAGUUGGGCAGAGCACUGCAACAGCCCGAGGAUGUCCUCAUACCGACAGUGUCAGCGGUUUCAGUGUCCAAGAAACAAAUUUCUGCUGACUUCAGACUGUCUGUCAGCACGCUACGAGCAAAUGGUUUUUUACCAUCUAGUGGAGACAUUCGGCAGCAGACAGAAAACUUAGCCUCUCAGAUGAAGUGUGACAAUGAGGUGGAAAACAUUUCUGUUGAUCGUGAAAUGAUCUUCUUCACUGUUAAUCGCAAACUCCUUGUCCAGAAAAUGUUGGAGCCGUUUGAAAAGCAUGAAGACGUGAAGUUUGGCUUCAACAGCGAACUCCUCAACACACUCAAAAAAGGAACCACCUUAGUGGAAUACAGCUCUCCAAAUAUUGCCAAGAAAUUUCACGUUGGACAUUUGAGGUCAACGAUUAUCGGGAACUUUAUUGCCAACCUGAAGCAGUCUCUGGGAAAUAACGUCAUCCGAAUGAACUAUCUCGGAGACUGGGGAAUGCAGUUUGGUUUGUUAGGAGCUGCCUUUGACCGGUUUGGGUCUCAGGAGAAAUUAAAACAGAAUCCAUUACAGCAUUUGUUUGAGGUGUAUGUCCAGGCCAACAAGGAAGCAGAACACGAUGAUGGUCUGAUGCAGGCGGCCCAGUCUUUCUUCAGACAACUGGAGCAGCACGAGCCGCAGGCUCUGACAUUAUGGCAGCAGUUCAGGGACAUAACAGUGAAGGAGUAUCAGAGCAUAUACAAGAGGUUAGGAAUCCACUUUGAUGUUUACUCCGGAGAGUCCGAACACCUGGGUCAGGUCCAGGAAGUGAUGCAGCAGCUGCAGAGUCGAGGCCUGUUAAAAACCUCUGGGAAUGGAGCAGAUGUUGUUGAUCUCUCUCCUGACGGAGACCUGAGCAGCGUCUGCACGUUGCUCCGUAGUGACGGCACAUCUCUCUACAUCACCAGAGAUCUGGCUGCAGCCGUGAGCCGGAGACGACAGUAUCAAUUUGAUGAGAUGAUUUAUGUGACAGAUAAAAGUCAGUCCACCCAUUUCCAGCAGUUGUUCCAGAUCCUCUCCUCCAUGGGGCACUCCUGGUCCUACAGCUGUCAACACGUGCCCUUUGGUCUGGUGAAGGGGAUGAAGACUAGGACUGGUGAGGUGGUGUUCCUAGAGGACGUGCUGGACGAAGUCCAGGCCAGGAUGUUGGACAACAUGAGCAGAUCAAAAACCACCAAAGAACUGGACGACCCAGAAGACACAGCUGAGAAAGUGGGGAUGAGCGCGCUGAUCACUCAGGACUUCAAAGGCCCCCUGCAGGCGGACUAUAUAUUUGACUGGGACAGGAUCCUUCAGUCUCAUGGGGACACGGGGGUCUUCCUCCAGUACACACACGCUCGACUCCACAGUCUAAUACAGAGGAACCAGCAGGUGGACACCUCUGAGUUUGAUCCAAACCUUCUACAGGAGCAGGCGAGCAUCGCCAUGCUGCAGCAUCUCCUCCGAUAUGAUGAGGUUCUGUACCAGUCUGCGCAGGACCUGCAGCCCAAACACUUGGUCAAUUUCUUAUUAAAGCUCUGUCACCUGAUCGCCUCAGCACACAGAGUUCUGCCGGUGAAAGGAAGUCUCCAGGACGUGGCCCAGGCCAGACUACGACUGUUCCACGGCGCCUCCUCCGUCCUCUCUGGUGGGAUGAAGACCCUCGGCAUCAUUCCAGUGGAUAAGAUGUGAAACACAGAGUUCCUGUCAUACCAGUGACUUCUGCGUCACCACAACUAAAGACAAAGAAGAUUUGAUCCUCGAUGAUAUCGAUCAGAAAGUGAUGGCGUGCUGUGUGAAAGGCGGCACAGGAAGGUGGUCAGUUGUUUUUUUGGACCUGGCUGGAAUAUCUGAACACGUUCUCUUCAAACAGUGCAUCGGCAGCAGCACAGGACGCAGGAAAUCCCUGCAGCAGCUGACAGAGGAGCCGAGAACUGAGUUUAUGCAGAGAAAGAAAGCGCCGACAGCCGCAGCAAAUUAGGACAAGUUAGACCAGAAACAAACCUUUCAACACCUGCUGCAGAUGCCACAAACCGGAGGCGUCUGUUGUUAUUGUUGUUGUUAUUUUCAUUGUCAGUGUUAAAGUAUUUCCUAAUCAAAUACUGUUACACUGAAUGCAUCACUGUUUGCACUGCUAUGAAUAAAUAUACUGAGCCGUGGGUUUAAGGUACUGUGAAUAAUAAAUGUGUUAAAAUACAAA